AUGAUUGACAGAAAAGCCCCUGUACUUUAUGACAGAAUUGUUGUAGCUAAUGCAAUUAGAAGAUAUGAAUGCUUUUGGUUACCGGCACAGGCCUCCAAGCCAGAUUUACUCAACAUUCCCCCAUUGGAUGUACAUUGGGUUUGGCAUGUUCAUAUGCUCUCUCCUGUUUCUUAUAGAGAAGAUUGUGCAGCAAUUUGUGGUACUGUGGUAGACCACAAAUUGUUGAGUGCUGAUGAGAUCCAACAACGUUAUGAACAAUCAGUCUCAGCGUGGAACAACUUUUGCCCUGAAGAGCCUUAUGAAUUUUUAUCAAGUUCAUCCAAACCUUACAAACAAAAAAGUAAAUAUGAUAUUGUUGAAGCUGUUCAAAGGCAGAGGAAUUUUAAUUAUCAAAUAUCUCUACCACAUUAUACUUCUCCACGUUUUUUAAAUGAUGCAAUUGAUCGUUAUAUUAAUUUUCUUCAACUAAAACAAACUUACUCGGACCAAUUUUUAACUCCUUGUUAUGAUUUUGAUCUUGUUUGGCAUACACAUCAAGUUCAUCCAGAAGAUUAUUUUAGGAAUUGUGUAGCAAUAUUUGGUUCUUUACUUAAACAUGAUGAUUCUAUUAAUGACCGUAACAAAGGAAGCAAAUUACUUCGUGGCGAGGCAUUUACUAAAAAAGCUUGGGCUUCUCAUUUCAAAAAUAAUUUUUGGCGGAGAGGUUGUAUGUUUCGUGGACACAAUGCACCAGCCUUUCUUUGCCUUGAAUCUGAUGACGAAAGUAGUAAUAAUGCUUCCAAUCUCGCUUACGGGAAUAUUCACAUUCCCUCAAUUGUAUUAAAAGAAUUGCCUGUUCAGAGGGAACAAUUACGGCUAAAGCUUCGUUAUGGCGGGAAAAAGAUAAGCACAUUUAGUGCUCAAUUGUGGGAUAAACAGGUAACAAGACCCUCAUUUUCUCUUAUUUGGCAACCAAAUCCAUGCGGUCUAAAAUGUAUACAAAACAACAAAAAUUUGACAACUUCCAACAAAACGCAAGCUAAUGGACAUUCAAAAAAUUCAACAGGUUCAGCUUCCUCAACAUCAACAAGUUCAUCUACAUCCUCAACAUCUUCCCAACAACAACAACCAUCAACCUCAUCUUCAAAUUAUUUAUCAACAAUAAUUAAUUCUUCCUCCUCAACACAACAAAUCCCUUCAAUUGUUAAAUUCCCUUUUGAAAGAAAAACGGCAAAAGAAUUUGUUGUUGAGUUGGAAUUGUUUGAUAAAGUUUUUUUGCAUAAGAGGGAUUUGGUUAAACUUAAAGUAAGAAGAAAUUUUUUUAUAUGGGGGGGGGGGGAUUGACUGAACCAUGAGGAAUUUUCUGAUAUUUUUUUUAAAAACAGAGUCGUCCUGUCACAGCCUAAAUAAGUCCCCCGACCCCCCUCCCCUUCCCCACGUGUUUAAGUCUCUGAGGAAUUAACCUGAGAAAUUUUUUCCUCUUGGAGUAAUGAGAAAUUUUCUAAUAUUUUUUGAUAAACAAAACAGUCACAGCCUAAAACCUCUCUUUUAGAGGUUUUGGCCUCUAGGAAAAAUCGUGACUUAUAAACAAAGGGUGCCUUAAAUUAGGUUAAUUAAUUAAAAACUUCACUUUUAAACAUACCUUUGGUGUCUAGAAUUUAUUUUCUUUUUAAAUCCCCUUGGGUUUCAUCCUGGGGUUAAUUUUUGGAUUUAAGUCCCCCAACCCCCACGGGUUUAGCCUCCAAGGGAUUAAUUUAAAAAAUUCUUUAACAAAUAAUUUAUUUUUCAUUUUUUUCAGGGCCGUUUGCCACUAGAUAAGGUAAAUCUACAAAAUUUAUAAAAAUUAAAAAAUAUUUCCCUCAUUUUUAAAGUUAUUACCCCUCCAAAUAUCAUCAAACAUAAAUUCAAAAUCUUCCCAAAACGUAGUUCAACUUCAAUUGGAAAAUGUCAAUGGAGAACAUGCAAAAAUAAAUAUAACAACAAGCGUGUCUUUAAAUCGUGAAUUGGAAUUACAAGCUGGGGAAUAUAGAGAACAACAAUUAACUACAGAAGAUAGCCGUCUUUGGACUUUGUGUCAAGCUGCGGCUUUAAAUCGGGCACAAUUACAGCCUGGUGCUAAAAUAUAUGUUGCUUUACAUAAAUUUUUAUCCUCCCAUAAAUG